CGUCUGUGUCAUGGCCAUUCUCCCCUUGCCGCAGGAGACCGUUCGCCUGCUCUCCUCCUCAGUGAAGCUCACGAGCCCUCGCGAUGUUCUCAAGGAGCUUGUUGACAACGCCAUCGAUGCCGGCGCCACGUCGAUUGACGUCGUCGUAUCGCCCAACACACUCGACAGAAUCGUGCUGCGGGACAACGGCCGCGGCGUCGACCUGGAAGACCUGGACCUGCUCGGGAGGAGGGGCCAUACAAGCAAGCUGAGAAGCUUUGAGGAGCUUCGGAACAAGGGCGGCGAGACGCUUGGUUUCAGGGGCGACGCCCUGGCUAGUGUCAACUCCAUCGCUACCGUGGCUAUCACGACGAGGACGUCGGGAGAACCGGUGGCCACUCGCAUCUGGUUGCGGCAUGGUGUUGGCGGCGUCGUCGACAGAAAGCCGGUCUCUGCGCCUGUUGGAUCGACCGUGCAAGCCACUGAGCUCUUCAAACCCCUACCGGCGCGGAGAGCUCUCCUCCUCAACAACACACAUAAGACGCUUUCGGGGAUGCGAGACCUUCUAAGCGCAUAUGUCAUCGCUCGGCCAUGCCUGAAAGUGUCGUUGAAGGUGGCCGGGCACGAUGGCAGCCUCAUGUCGUAUGCACCCAAGACCUCGGCUUCUGUCAAAGAGGCCGCCCUUCAGCUGUUCGGCAAAGCGUCGGUUGCCAACUGCACGCCAGUCAGUCUUCACCAUGAAGCCAGUGGCUUCGCGUUGGAAGCCUUCCUCCCGGAUCGAGAAUUCGACUUGACGGCGAUGAAGAGCAAAGCAAUAUUCGUGUCGGUGGAUCGGAGACCUUUAUCAUCUUAUGGAGAGCUGCCAAAACUGCUGUACAAGCAGCUCAAGUCACAUAUUUUGAGAUUUUUGCCUGGAAGUUCGCCAAUGCUAUUCAUGCAGCUGAACAUCACCUGUCCCCAGGGAAGUUACGACGUGAACGGUUCCUCGUUGAAGGACGAGGUGCAGUUCGCCAACCAACAAGAAGUGUUGGAGCGCUUUGAGGAAUUGUGCUGGUCAGUGUACGGCGUCAGAAAGUCACCCGACGGAGGAGAGAGUCAGACAGUGGCUGCCUCACCGGUGCGGAUCUCAACAAGGUGA